AUGCCCUCCGGCUCGGCGUCCUCCGUCGGCCUCAGCUUCCAGCCCGACCGGCCGGCCGGAGGGUAUGGAGCCCGAGGCGGGAGGAAAAGGCACAGCUGGCGGGAGGGGAGGUGGGAGCCGUCGCUCUCUCUGAGCCGAAGCCUCUUGCCUGACCGAAGAGGGGAGCGGGUUCCCAGGUCCGGCCUUGCGUUGGGUGGCGUUACAUCCAGUCUUGGGGAACACAACUUCCAGCAGCCACGUGGGAUGCUAUUCAGGUGCCAUCUGAAAUGAGCUCUUCCCCAGGAGGUCUCAUGCAGAUUCUGUGCAGUGAUGGGGAAACUGCAGAGCAAACUCAAAUGCAGCACUUAUAAAUACAGCAGGCCCGAUGGAUUUAGAGACGAGAGAAUUCAAACUAAAGCUUUUCAAGAGUAUAGCCCAGCUCACGUGGAUACCGUCUCUGUUGUUGCUGCUCUGAACUCAGACCUCUGUGUCUCCGGAGGAAAAGAUAAGACAGUUGUGGCCUAUAACUGGAGAACUGGAAAUGUGGUGAAAAGGUUGAAAGGACAUGAGCGUGAAAUCACAAAGAUAGCUUGUAUUCACAAAUCAGGCCAGUUCUUCAGUGCCUCUCGCGACAAGAUGGUCAUGAUGUGGGACUUGCAAGGCUCCUCACAACCAAGGCAGCAGUUCUCCGGUCACACCAUGGUGGUCACUGGAUUGGCUGUGAGUCCAGACACAUCACAGCUAUGCACUGGCUCUCGUGACAACACCCUCCUUCUGUGGGACAUAGGGACCGGAGAGUGUGCGGAGAGAGCAUCAGUCUCCAGGAACCUGGUCACUCACCUGUGCUGGGUUCCCAGAGAACCUUAUAUACUCCAGACCUCUGAAGAUAAAACCAUCAGAUUAUGGGACAGUCGGGGGCUGCAGGUAGCUCAUGUAUUUCCCACAAAGCAGCACAUCCAGACCUACUGCGAGGUCAGUGAGGAUGGACACAAGUGUAUCUCCUGCAGCAGCGGCUUUGGAGGCGAAGGCUGUGAAGCCACGUUGUGGGACCUAAGGCAGACGCGGAACAGAAUCUGUGAGUACAAGGGGCACUUCCAGACUGUAGCAUCCUGUGUCUUUCUACCAAGAGCAUUAGCCUUGAUGCCUAUGAUUGCUACCUCAUCGCAUGACUGCAAGGUGAAGAUCUGGAACCAAGACAGUGGAGCCUGCCUUUUCACCUUGUCUCUGGAUGGAUCAGGACCUUUGACUUCCCUGGCUGUGGCUGACACCGUCUCCUUAUUGUGUGCAAGUUUCAGCAGAGGAAUUCGCUUACUCAGGGUGGACCAUAGCCGAGGGCUGGAACUGCAGGAAGUGGCAGGAUUCUGA